AUGUCAUCCAACGGCGCACAAGAAGACAAGACAAAGGAACUCUUGAGUGAAUCCAACGACAAGAAAACCGAGGCAAACAAGCUCUUCACAUCCGCCAACUACGAUAAUGCCAUUUCCAAAUAUGAAGAGGCCGCAUCAGUCUGUCCGCACUACCUCGACUACGAGCUCGCCGUUCUGCAGUCCAACAUUGCCGCGUGCCAUCUGAAGCUGGAACAAUGGAAGGAGGCCGUCAGCAGCUCGUCAAAGGCCCUCGACGGCCUUGAGAAAAUCGAGAAGGCAGAUGCCGCGGCCGCGGCCGAUCCACAGGUAAAGGACGAGGACGAGGACGUUGAGGAGGAAAUCGUUAGCACUGGUGCGCAGAAGAGCGCCCCUGCCCAGGGCCAAGAGAGCGAUGCCGAGGUGGCGGCGCGCAAGCGCAAGGAAGAUAUCUUGAGGAUACGUGCCAAGGCCCUGAUGCGCCGGGCGCGGGCAAAGAGUGAGCUGGGUGGCUGGGCGAAUCUGUCGGGAGCCGAAGAAGACUACAAGGCCUUGUCUGCCAUGGAUAACCUCAGUCCGGCUGACAGGAAGAUUGUGGCCUCGCAACUGAGAUCGCUGCCGCCACGGAGUAAGGCGGCGCAGGAGAAAGAAAUGGCCGAGAUGUGGGGGAAGCUGAAAGACCUGGGAAAUGGCAUCCUCAAGCCAUUUGGUCUAAGUACGGACAACUUUAAUAUGGUCAAGGACGAAAAGACUGGAGGUUACAGCAUGAACUUCAACCAGAAAUAA